GCUGUUUGUCAUUUCUCACUACCUUAAUAAAAAAAAAGUUCUCUCUCUCCCUCCUGGCCGUUGACGGUCCCGUCCCGGCCGUGGAUCUGAUUCUCUCUCGCCGCGAUCUGAGGUUUCAAUCAUGGCGGCAGCUAACGCCCCCAUCACGAUGAAGGAGGUCCUAACGCUUCCGAGCAUUGGGAUCAAUCAGCAAUUCAUCACGUUUACGAAUGUUACUAUGGAGUCUGAUAAGUACAUAUGUGUGCGAGAGACGGCGCCUCAGAACAGCGUUGUGAUUAUUGAUAUGAAUAUGCCGAUGCAGCCGCUAAGGAGACCUAUAACUGCUGAUUCUGCUCUUAUGAACCCGAACUCGAGGAUCCUUGCCUUGAAAGCUCAAGUUCCAGGAACUACUCAGGAUCAUCUUCAGAUAUUUAACAUCGAAGCGAAAGCAAAGUUGAAAUCACAUCAGAUGCCUGAGCAGGUUUCUUUUUGGAAAUGGAUUACACCAAAGAUGUUGGGGCUGGUUACACAAACUUCUGUGUAUCAUUGGUCGAUUGAAGGUGAUUCUGAGCCAGUGAAGAUGUUUGAUAGGACAGCUAAUUUGGCAAACAAUCAAAUUAUUAACUAUAAGUGCUCUCCUAAUGAGAAGUGGUUGGUGUUGAUUGGAAUUGCCCCUGGCUCUCCUGAGAAACCACAACUGGUAAAAGGGAACAUGCAGCUUUUCUCUGUGGAUCAACAGCGUAGCCAGGCUCUUGAAGCACAUGCUGCUUCAUUUGCCCAGUUUAAGGUGUCUGGGAAUGAGAAUCCUUCCAUUCUCAUAUCCUUUGCAAGCAAGAGCUUUAAUGCUGGACAGAUAACAUCGAAAUUACAUGUCAUUGAGCUUGGCGCCCAACCAGGAAAACCAUCAUUUUCAAAGAAGCAGGCAGAUCUCUUCUUCCCCCCAGAUUUUGCUGACGAUUUUCCUGUAGCCAUGCAGGUCUCUCACAAAUUUAACCUGAUAUACGUCAUCACCAAGCUUGGACUGUUAUUUGUAUACGAUUUAGAGACGGCUUCUGCCAUCUACAGAAAUCGGAUAAGCCCAGACCCAAUUUUUUUGACUUCGGAAGCUUCUUCAGUUGGGGGUUUCUAUGCCAUUAAUAGGCGAGGACAAGUUCUCCUGGCUACAGUAAAUGAGGCUACGAUAAUACCUUUUAUCAGCGGUCAAUUGAACAAUUUGGAACUUGCUGUCAAUCUCGCUAAAAGAGGAAAUCUCCCUGGUGCAGAAAAUCUGGUUGUGCAGCGGUUCCAAGAGUUAUUUGCUCAAACAAAGUACAAGGAGGCUGCUGAGCUUGCUGCUGAGUCUCCUCAGGGAAUUCUACGGACACCUGAUACGGUGGCUAAAUUCCAGAGUGUUCCAGUACAAGCAGGGCAAACUCCUCCAUUGUUACAGUAUUUUGGUACCCUUUUGACUAGAGGGAAGCUCAAUUCAUAUGAGUCUUUGGAACUAUCUCGGCUUGUUGUGAAUCAAAACAAGAAGAACCUCUUAGAGAACUGGUUGGCAGAGGAUAAAUUAGAAUGCAGUGAAGAACUUGGAGACCUUGUCAAGGUUGGGUACACACCUGAUUACAUGUUUCUUUUGCAAACCAUACUCCGCACGGAUCCCCAGGGAGCAGUAAAUUUUGCUUUAAUGAUGUCUCAAAUGGAAGGAGGCUGUCCAGUUGACUACAACACCAUCACUGAUCUUUUCCUUCAGAGAAACCUGAUCCGUGAAGCGACUGCUUUCCUUCUGGAUGUUCUGAAGCCAAAUUUACCUGAGCAUGCUUUUCUGCAAACUAAGGUUCUGGAGAUCAAUUUGGUUACCUUUCCCAAUGUGGCUGAUGCAAUUUUAGCAAAUGGGAUGUUUAGCCACUAUGACCGCCCUCGUGUUGCUCAGCUUUGUGAAAAGGCUGGACUAUAUAUCCAAUCUUUAAAGGUUGUUGCUCAAUCAGCUGCUAAGACGGGUCAAAUUAAGGAAGUUGAGCGUGUAACUAGAGAGUCUAACUUUUAUGAUGCUGAAAAGACCAAGAACUUUUUGAUGGAAGCUAAGCUUCCUGAUGCACGACCUUUGAUAAAUGUCUGCGACCGUUUUGGCUUUGUGCCUGAUCUUACCCAUUACCUCUACACAAACAACAUGCUUCGUUACAUUGAAGGUUACGUGCAAAAGGUGAACCCUGGGAAUGCUCCCUUAGUUGUGGGGCAGUUGCUUGAUGACGAAUGCCCUGAAGAUUUUAUUAAGGGCCUCAUUCUUUCUGUUCGUUCAUUGCUUCCUGUUGAGCCCCUUGUUGAGGAAUGCGAGAAGAGAAAUCGACUCCGUCUCCUCACUCAAUUCUUGGAGCAUCUAGUUAGUGAGGGAAGCCAAGAUGUGCAUGUCCAUAAUGCCUUGGGUAAAAUUAUCAUAGACAGUAACAACAACCCUGAGCAUUUCCUGACCACCAACCCUUACUACGACUCUAAGGUUGUUGGUAAGUACUGCGAGAAACGUGAUCCCACCCUGGCUGUUGUGGCAUACAGAAGAGGACAGUGUGAUGAGGAGCUCAUCAAUGUCACCAACAAGAACUCUUUGUUCAAGUUGCAAGCCAGGUAUGUGGUGGAGAGGAUGGAUGGUGACCUCUGGGAUAAGGUUCUUAUGGAAGAAAAUGAGUAUAGAAGGCAACUUAUUGACCAAGUCGUGUCUACUGCUUUACCCGAAAGCAAGAGCCCAGAGCAAGUUUCUGCAGCUGUUAAAGCAUUCAUGACUGCUGAUCUGCCACACGAGCUUAUCGAGCUUCUUGAAAAGAUUGUGCUUCAAAACUCUGCCUUCAGUGGAAACUUCAAUCUGCAAAAUCUGCUUAUACUGACAGCUAUCAAGGCAGAUCCGUCUAGAGUUAUGGAUUACAUUAACAGGCUGGAUAACUUUGAUGGUCCGGCUGUUGGAGAAGUGGCGGUUGAUGCCCAAUUGUAUGAGGAAGCAUUUGCAAUUUUCAAGAAGUUUAACUUAAAUGUCCAGGCUGUCAACGUAUUGUUGGAUAACGUCAGAAGCAUUGAGCGUGCUGUUGAGUUUGCUUUCCGGGUUGAAGAAGAUUCUGUUUGGAGCCAAGUCGCCAAGGCUCAACUCAGGGACGGGCUAGUAAGUGAUGCAAUUGAGUCCUUCAUCCGUGCUGAUGAUGCCACACAUUUCUUGGAGGUCAUACGUGCUACAGAAGAUGCUAAUGUCUAUGAUGACUUGGUCAAAUACCUUCUUAUGGUUAGACAAAAGGUGAAGGAACCCAAGGUUGAUAGUGAGCUCAUAUAUGCUUAUGCGAAGAUUGAAAGGUUGGGUGAGAUAGAGGAAUUUAUUCUGAUGCCAAACGUUGCUAACCUACAACAAGUGGGCGAUCGCCUGUAUGAUGAAGCUUUGUAUGAGGCUGCAAAAAUAAUCUAUGCAUUCAUAUCGAACUGGGGCAAGUUGGCCGUCACACUUGUGAAGUUGCAGCAGUUCCAAGGUGCUGUUGAUGCUGCAAGGAAAGCGAACAGUGCAAAGACAUGGAAGGAAGUCUGCUUUGCUUGUGUUGAUGCAGAAGAAUUCCGGUUGGCUCAAAUAUGUGGACUUAACAUUAUCAUACAGGUGGAUGACCUGGAAGAAGUAAGCGAGUACUACCAGAACAGAGGAUGCUUCAAUGAAUUAAUCUCACUUAUGGAGAGUGGACUUGGUUUGGAACGGGCUCACAUGGGGAUCUUCACCGAGUUGGGUGUACUAUACGCCAGAUAUCGUUAUGAGAAGCUUAUGGAACACAUCAAGUUGUUCUCGACUCGUCUCAAUAUUCCCAAGCUUAUACGGGCCUGUGAUGAGCAACAGCACUGGCAGGAACUGACCUAUCUUUACAUUCAGUAUGAUGAGUUUGAUAAUGCUGCAACUACUGUCAUGAACCAUUCUCCUGAAGCAUGGGAGCACAUGCAAUUUAAAGACAUUGUCGCCAAGGUUGCGAAUGUCGAGCUUUACUACAAGGCCGUUCACUUCUACCUGCAAGAGCACCCUGAUAUUAUCAACGAUCUUCUCAAUGUGCUUGCUCUGCGGUUAGAUCACACACGUGUGGUGGAUAUCAUGCGCAAGGCUGGUCAGUUGCGCCUUAUCAAGCCCUACAUGGUUGCAGUUCAGAGCAACAAUGUAUCUGCUGUAAAUGAAGCUCUGAAUGAGAUAUACGUAGAAGAAGAAGACUAUGAUAGGUUGCGCGAGUCUAUUGAUUUGCAUGACAGCUUUGACCAGAUAGGCCUCGCUCAAAAGAUUGAGAAACACGAGCUUGUGGAAAUGAGACGUGUGGCUGCGUAUAUCUACAAGAAAGCAGGUAGAUGGAAGCAAUCAAUUGCGUUGUCGAAGAAAGAUAACAUGUACAAGGACUGUAUGGAAACUGCUUCACAAUCCGGCGACCAUGAUCUUGCAGAACAACUUCUCGUUUACUUCAUUGAACAGGGGAAGAAGGAAUGCUUUGCUACAUGUCUCUUUGUCUGUUAUGACUUAAUCCGACCAGAUGUUGCACUGGAACAUGCUUGGAUCAACAAUAUGCUUGACUUCGCCUUCCCGUAUCUCCUCCAGUUUAUUCGAGAAUACUCUGGCAAAGUGGAUGAACUAAUCAAGGACAAGCUAGAGGCACAGAAAGAAGUGAAGGCCAAAGAGCAGGAAGAGAAGGAUGUCAUGUCCCAACAGAACAUGUACGCUCAAUUAUUACCACUGGCUCUACCUGCCCCACCGAUGCCAGGAAUGGGAGGAGGUCCAGGGAUGGGAGGCGGUUACGGUCCGCCACCACAGAUGGGAGGGAUGCCUGGAAUGCCUCCAAUGCCACCAUAUGGAAUGCCACCGAUGGGCGGCUACUAAGACUGUCGAAAACAAAAACUCAUCUCUACCACAGUGGUAUACGUCUACUUCAGGACUGUGACUGUUACUCGUAAGCAUUGUUUCCUUGUUUCUUUGAUUUUAUAGGUAUGUGUGUGUGGAUAAUAAUCUCGGUAUCUUCCGUUUGUAAUAUUCUUUGGGGUCUUUAGAAGAGUCAUUUUUGGUUUAAGGCCAGUUUACUAUUUUCAACAUUUUAUAAACUUUUGAGUUUUUAUGAAUUUUUGUGUUUGUUUUGACUUGAUUUGUCUUGUUGGCUCGUCUUCUAUUUUCAAAACAAGUUCGAAAAUACAUUGUCGGGACAAAUAAAGUAAAC